GGCAGGUGGGAGCGGGGGCGGAGCGGAUCGCCCCGAGGCGGGGCGGAGCCUUCCGAAUUGUCCUGCCUGUGUGCCCAGGGUAGAGUUCGUUUUAGGCGAGGUUCUUGGGUUUCCUGUUAAAGUAGGACCUCUGUCCCGAUUAGGUCCGAUUCUGUCCUCCGUCCCCACUGUGGUCCCCUCAGGGCUAGCCGACCGAUGGUUUAGUCCAGCGGAGACACUCCCCCUGGGCCGCAGCGAGAUGGCAGAGAGCGAAGGGCAGACCGCGCACGCAUGCGCAGAGGCGCAGCAUGGGGGCGGGAGCCGCUAAGCGCCUUCCCCAAGGCUGUGGAGACCAUCUCUAGGAAGAUACCUGGGUACAAUUAUGAACACGAUGUAUGUGACAAUGGCUCAAAUCUUAAGAUCUCAUCUGAUAAAUGUUUCAACGAUAUCUAAUAGAGUGAAAAUGCUCCCAUAUCUUGGUGUCAUUAGAAAUAGAAUGAUGUCAACUCAUAAAUCCAAAAAGGAGAUGAGAGAAUAUUAUAGGCUGCUAAGUCUGGAUGAAGGGUGCUCUGCAGAUGAUGUCAGGGAAUCUUUUCAUAAGCUUGCCAAGCAAUACCAUCCAGACGGUGGCUCUAGUACUGCGGAUUCUGCAACAUUUAUAAGGAUCGAAGAAGCUUAUAGGAAGGUGCUUUCUCACGUGCUAGAACAAACAAAUGCCCGACCGAAUAAAGUUGAAGAAGCAGAGGAAGAAGAAGACAAAUUCAAAUAUAAAACACCCCAACACCGGCAUUAUUUAAGUUUUGAAGGUAUUGGUUUUGGAACUCCAAGUCAACGAGAGAAGCAAUAUAGGCAGUUUAGAGCAGACCGUGCAACUGAGCAAGUGAUGGAAUAUCAGAAGCAGAAACUACAAAGCCAGUAUUUCGUCGAUAGUUUGAUUGUUAAAGAUGUAAGACAGAGUAAAGAACAAAAGAUAACUCAAGCUAUAGAGCGUUUAGUAGAGGAUCUCAUUCAGGAAUCAAUGGCCAGAGGAGACUUUGACAAUCUCAGUGGGAAGGGAAAACCUCUAAAAAAAUUUUCUGGCUGUUCAUAUAUUGAUCCCAUGACUCACAACCUUAACAGAAUAUUGAUAGAUAAUGGAUACCAACCAGAAUGGAUCCUAAUGCAAAAGGGAAUAAAGGAUACCAUUGAUCAACUCAGAGAGGCGAUUUUAGUGUCAAGGAAAAAACUUGGGAAUCCAAUGACACCAACUGAACAGAAACAGUGGAGCCAAGUUUGUGAGCAGUUUCAAGAAAACAUCAGAAAACUAAACAAGCGAAUUAAUGAUUUUAAUUUAAUCGUUCCCCUCCUGUCCAGGCAAAAAGUCCAUUUUGAUGCACGGAAAGAAAUUGCCAGAGCCCAGGAAGUGUAUGAAAGCCUUAUAAAAACAGAAGAAGUCACAGAUAAAAACCCAGCCAACACUGAUGAGGGAGAAGGGGAGAAAACACCUGAAGUCAAGACAAGUUUUUUUAACUGGAUGAAUGUGUGGAAAUUUAUUAAAAUAUGACCACUUAAAUAUUCACAGUACUGCCUCAAACCAUUUUCAGUUGUACUGACAUCACACUUAGAAGCUGAGAUUUAUUGCUGUAACACAAGAGUCUGAGAACUGUGAGUCUCUGUACUUUUUACAAAACUAAUCACCUCUCCAGUGAUGUGUGAGUGAGAAAGCUGUAAGAAACUGAGCCUGAGAAACAUUGAACCAGCUUUGCUCUGAGGGUGUUGCAAGAAAAGAAGAGAACUCCUAGGAAAACAAUUUAACCCAUUCUGGAGUUUAAAUGUCAGUCAUGGGUAAAAUGAGGUAGGACAAGGACUCAGACGGGAUCAUAUAAAGGAUAUUCCGAAAAGUCUUAGUGCAGUUUUCAGCUCUAAUACCUCAAAAACAGUUGCUGAUGCCAUCUUCAAACAUAGUUACUGAAACAAAGCACAACAAAAAACCUUAAAAAGUAUUAUCAAAGUUCACAAAACUAAAGAAGUAUAGACUGUAGGCAAGCAAACCUUCACAUGAUGAAUGUUUCUUGCAAGGUUGCUGCAUUUAUACACCUGAGGUUAUUAAAGCUUACAACUGUUCUAAGACUUUUAGGACACUCUAUGUGGGUGGAAAUGUUACAAUCAGGAAAUUAGCCCAAUGGAGUUAAUGCACUCUUCCUUUUUCAUAGACCUUCUCUGUGGGUACUGAAUAAAAACAAAACAAAACCAAAAA